AUGGGGGCAGCUUCCGACGAGUGGACGCUUAGCGACGCCUUAAGGGACGGUCCUGAAGCAGAGCGGGACUGUGAAUUGGGCUACAUCAGCUCAGCACCGGAGGUCUUGUAUCAGCACACCUUGGAUCCCAGCCUCUCCGGUGCCACAGAUCUUUUGUCAUUGAUUCGCAACACAGUGGUAGCCUUGCUAGCCCGCAGUGGGCUGAUAGUCGAAUUGGUCUUCUCCUCUGACUUCAGGUGGAUCUAUGCCUUGAUCUCUGCUGGCGAAUCAGCCUUAGAGGAGCUUGCAGCCAAGCACAGCUAUCCAAGAGCACUGGAUUUGGAAUGUGUCGAUCCAGAGGCCACGGAGCCCUGCGACGCUCAGUAUGACCCGCUCUCCCUGGUUUUUCAGCGACAUGGAUGUCAAGAGGUCGUGGAGUUGUUGCGAGCACUGCGGCCUGAGGAACGGUCCAGCGAGGCAACUGUCCCAAAGGGCUCUUCUACACCCGAGGAUUCGGUUCGAGACGCUUAUUGCUGGUAUUUGCGAAGCCGUUUGAAGGGGGGAAAAUCAGCCGCCAUUGCAAAGAAGGAGGCUUUAGCUUCGUGGGCACCGAGGAGGAUCUUUUGCAAAGCACCUUCGACCGCCUGUGUGGAUCCCAUGGCCCAGAGGUGGUACGAGUCUCUCCUGGAUCUGCGCAGGUGCGGCACUUCCAGCGCUUGCAGGUGCAGCGUCUAG